GGACGUGUCCCCCGUCAUCCGUCUCGAUAUUUACACAUUCGCGGACACUGUUUCUCGUCCGCAACCAUCAUGAAGCUCAAGGAAAUACACCGGACGUCGACGUUCGCCUGGUCCCCGUCGGCGUCGCUCCCCUUGCUGGCAACGGGAACAGUAGCCGGCGCGCUCGAUGCAUCCUUCAGUAACGAAAGCCAGCUCGAGAUAUGGGCUCCCGACUUCCUGGACAAGUCUGAAUACGACCUGGGAGCACCAGACGGAAGAUUCGGACCCAAGGGAUCCAUCACCGAUAGCGCGCGCUUCAAUCGCCUCGCGUGGGGAUGCGUCGAUGCCGCCCAUCCGAAGGGUGUGCUUGCCGCGGGCAUGGAGAACGGAGAGCUCGCGUUGUGGGAUCCCAGCAAGAUUGUGCAGGGGCUAGGCGCGUCUGAAUCCCUAAUCCUGCGCAACACCACGCAUACGGGACCUAUCCGCGGGCUGGACUUUAAUCCCAUCCAAAACAACCUUGUCGCGUCUGGAGGUGUGGGAGCUGAAGUGUACGUAUGGGACAUCAAGGACCCUAGCAAGCCCUACACUCCCACUGGCACAAGAAGUACCAAGCUUGACGACAUCACAUCGAUCGCGUGGAACCAGCAAGUGCAGCAUGUCCUUGCUGGUGCGAGCAGCACGGGCUAUACUGUGGUAUGGGACCUGCGCGGCAAGCGCGAGGUUGUCGCUCUGGCAUAUGGUGGCGGUGCGGGAACGCUGGCGGGCCAAAUGAGCAAUGGUGGAGGGAUGGCGAUUGGCGGACGGCGCGGAAUGAGCGAUAUUGCGUGGCAUCCUGAUAAUGCUACGCGGCUUGUCACGGCGUCGGAAGAUGAUUCCUCGCCUAUCAUUAUGGUGUGGGAUUUGCGCAAUGCUCGUGCCCCAGAGAAGAUUCUUACCGGCCACGAGAAGGGCGUGCUAUCGCUUUCAUGGUGCAAACAAGACGCCGAUCUCUUGCUAUCAUGCGGGAAAGACAAUCGUGCUCUUUGCUGGAACCCUCAAACAUCCGAAAUAAUCGGUGAACUACCUUCUGCCGACAACUGGGCAUUCCAGGUUGACUGGUGCCCGCGGAAUCCUGAUCUCCUCGCCACUGCAUUCUUCGACGGCACCAUUGGCAUCCACUCCAUUCAGUCCACGAACGACGCCGCGUCCGCUUCUCAGGCUGCUGGUGCUACUGCCGCUCGCGCGGAUGGUGCUGACAUCUUCGACAUUCCCGGACCGUCGCGCACAUCACAGACGGGUUCCUUCUCCCUCAAGCAACCCCCGAAGUGGCUGCGCACCCCGGCUGCCAACUCUUUCGGAUUCGGUGGUCAGCUUGUGACUGUUUCCAACCUGCCCUCUUCGCAAAACCGGAACCAGAGCUCGGUAGUACACCUCCGCAAGGUGGUGACAGAGGAAGCUUUCGUUGAGCGCGCCAAGAAACUGCAGAAUGCCUUGUCGUGCGAGGGUCUCAAGGCAUUCGUAGAGGACAAAGCGUCUGCAGAGGCGACCGAGGUCUGGAAGGCCCUUUCCAGCCUCUUCCAGGCAAACUCCCGGGACGAGCUGAUUACGCUGCUUGGAUUCUCGAAGACCGAAAUUGCUGCUCGCGUUGCGGAGGCCAUUGCUAAGGUCAAGUCCUCAGCAGCCGCUGGCGGUGCCUCUCCCACUCCUUCCCCACCUCCCGAGUCCGAGACACAGACUGGCGACUCCACCAAAUCCGCUGUGGUGUCUUUCGCCGAGCCGGAACGCGAGGAGAGCCCUGCGAGCGACCUGGGUCAAGAGAAGACGCCGUCCGAGGUCAGUGGCAACAGCGUCACCUCCGAGACUACGAACACAACUCGUGGGGCCGACGCGGAGUCGACCACCACUGUGCCGAGCUUGUUCGGUGACGACGGCGGCAAUGCUGAUGACGGCGAGGAUUUCUUUGCCAACAUCGGCACGCCAUCCCAAGGCGAGCAGCUGGUUCCGCACCACAACUAUCCCCUCGACUCCUCUGUCGCUGCGACCAUCGGAUCUGGACCUUCGAGUGUGGCCUCCGAGAGCCUCAAGGAUAACACGUUCAGGAUCUACCCGUCGGAUGAGUCGGAGACCGACAGGCUCAUUACGAAGGCCCUCGUACUGGGCGACUUCGAGUCGGCGGUCUCGCUCUGCCUAUCGUGCGACCGCUUCGCUGACGCGAUUCUCCUUGCCGUGCGUGGUGGUCCCGAGCUUUUGCAGAGGACCCAGAAGGCAUACUUCGAGAAGCGUACCGCCGCUUUGCCAUACUUGCGCUUGUUCCAGUCGAUCGUCAGCAACGACCUCUCCGACAUCGUUCAGAAUGCGGACCUACAGGAGUGGCAGGAGAUAUUCGUCGUGCUGUGCACCUUCGCCAGCCAGGACGAGUUCGCCAACCUAGCCGAGGAGCUCGGUCGCCGCCUUGAGUUCGAGUACGUCGAGGACAAGGACUCAGAGGAUACGGGCAUCUCGUCGCGCGCGGUCGAGUUCAGGAAGAAUGCGAUGCUGACGUACUUGGCUGCGGGCAAGCUCGAGCGCGUUGCAAACCUUUGGGUGGAGGAGCUCGUCGAGGAAGAACGCGCUGCCGCGUCCGCCGAGCAACAGGAUGGGUCCUUGUUCACUGCUCACGCAUACGCUCUGGAGACGUUCAUCGAGAAGGUCAGCGUCUUCCGGUCGGCGACGAAGUACGUGGACACAGACCUUACGCCGACGACUGCCGAGCAAUCGAGCGUCCGCACGUUCAAGCUCGGCGUUAUCUACGACAAGUACCUCGAGUAUGCGCUGCUGCUCACGACGCAGGGCUUGCUGGAGGAGGCUGUCACGUUCGUCAAGCUCGUCCCUGCCGAUUACAAGGGCACGGGUGACGUUGAUAUGAGCGUUGAACGCGAGCGGCUGCUCGUCGCCGCUUCCAAAAAGGCCGCUCCGAGAGCGGCUGCACCUGCUCUUCCCUCGAAGCAGGUCCCUACCGCGUACCCGAGCUACCCGUCGUACCAGCCUUCGGUACCGGCCGCUGCGCCUGCGUCGACGCCCUACAACCCGUAUGCGCCACCCGGUCAGGCCACGGCGCCAGCACCCGCGCCCUCAAUGUACACGCCUGCUGGAGGCCAGUCGAACCCGUAUGCCCCUGCGAACGGUCAGUACCAGGCACCAUACCAACAAGCUCCUCACAUCCCUGGUCCGCCUCAGCCUUCGAGCAUGGUUCCGCCGCCGCCUAGGCCUGCUAGCGUCACGCAGCGCCCGCCCCCGCCGCCCAAGCGCCAGGAGAACGGUGGAUGGAACGAUGCCCCAGCUAUCGCGUCGACGCGGUCACCCGCUCCUCCCCAGGGUGGGUACAAGCCCAGCGCUAUCACGUCGCCAUUCCCGAAUGCGUCUCCUCCUUCGUUCUCGCCGUAUAUGGGCGGUCAGACGGGUCUCCCGCCGCCACCGCGUCCAGGCAGUGUUCAGGGUACGCCUCCCCCGCCCCCACCGGGUCGCGGUGGGCCCCCUCCUCCCCGUGGUGGGCCUCCUCCGUCUGGUUCUGGCAUGUUCCCUCCUCCUCAGGCCCGCCCGCCUUCCAUUCCGCCAAGCAUGGGUCCCGGUGGGAUCAUGUCUCCUCAAGGACCGGGUCCGGUUCCCCGCCUACCGACGCCGAGCCAGUACGCCCCUCCGCCGCGUGCGAGCAUGUCGUCGCCGCCUGGUCCGGGAAUGAGGGCGUCUCCGUCGAUUGGGCAGCCGCCGCAGGGUGGACCGUACGCGCCGCCGCCUUCGCAGAUGCAGCCGAGCCCCUACGCACCGCCGCAGAUGCAGUCGUCACCAUCGGGUCCACCGCCGCCAGGUCCUGGGCCAUAUGGUCCUCCUCCAGGUGCGCAGAGGGGACCGUCAGCCCCGCCUGGCGGUCCUCCUUCGGGACCGCCUCGUGCUGCGCCGUCGGCGCCGCCAGCAAAGAAGGGCCCGCCCCCUCCAAAAUAUCCUCCUGGGGAUAGAAGUCACAUUCCGGAGUCCGCCCAGCCUAUCUUCAACGUCGUGAGCGGCGAGCUCAAUCGGAUGCGGCGGACGACGCCGCCUCAGCAAAAGCGCCUCGUAGAUGAUCUCGAGCGUCGUAUCAACCCUCUCUUCGACGCCCUGAACUGCGAGACCCUGUCCGUGCCUGUUGUCGAGCAGUUGCUUGUGCUCACCAGAGCCAUGGAGGCGCGCGACCGUCCAGCUGCGCUCGCCAUCCACGUCGACCUCCUCACUCGCGGCUCGCAGACGGAUGAUAUUGGCUUGUGGAUGUCUGGGAUCAAGCAGCUCAUCAUGCGCUUGUAGAAUGUUCUUUCAUGCACGAAUUUCGUACGACGUCGGACGAUGUUUAUGUCGGUGGAUGUGUCUCUCAAUAAUUAUGGAUGUUGUUUGCA